GAUCUUCGCCUCUACUUGACUCUUUCUCUUUCACUUUUCUUUUCACUGGGCUUGGGACUCCUUGACUGGAAGGCGCUGGGGGAAUCCCUGCUGAUUGACCCCUAGUGCCUCAAUCGCUGGCGCUGGCUGCUACCUCGCACCCCGCAGCCAACACUCGAUUGAGGUACAGAAGUGGUGGUGGAGGGGGGAUUGGCAAUGGGAUUUACCCCGAAAGCCUACGCCCUGGGCUCCUCCCAGCUCGGGCUCCUCUCAUGCACCCACUUCUCCGGACCAGCCGCGGGCUGGCCGCUUCGCCCCACCCUGUUGACAACGACUUCAGUUUCAGUGGCAGUAGGUGCAGAGGGUUUCCCCUUCUGUCCCUUCUGCGCUUUCAUUCUUUCUGGGGUUCUCCUCUGCAUUCUCACGCUUGCGAAGGAGCACAGAUUGCCUGUCCCCGUGCACUUCCCACGCACACUCUCCAGCGUUCUGCGCCCUGCGGGUGGCGGUGCCAGGGCGCGAGGGGCGCUGAGACUCCGCCAGAGUUGCCCAAGCCCAAGGAACCGGUGUCUGGCUGCCCCCAACCAGCUAAGGAAUCGGAAGAAGACGUGUCCAACUGCUCCCAGGUUGAGUUCUGCGUCAAACUCAGCUCAGCAAGGUCAAGAAAGAAUCCACUAUGAAGCGUGGUCAUUUGGCUCUUUGAAGCAGUGUCUCAGCAUGGUCCAUGCUGGUGAUGCCCUUUGGAACACAGAAGCCCAUGUCAGCAGAUAACCAGCCUACAGGAGGUCGUUGUUCUGGAUGGAUGGCUGCUGGAAACCCACUGCCGUAGCCAGCUCUUCUUCAACACUUAAGAAUUUCCCUGGGCAUUAAGUAAUGAAAAUUUUGAAACCAUAUAUGAGAACUACUUCCAUCCCGUGCUACUUGUGUUUCCUUCUGAACAGUCAUUUUUUAACGGAGGCUGGCAUUCACAUCUUCAUUUGGGGCUGCCUCGGUGCAGGUCUUCCUAAAACAGAGGCCAAUUGGAAUGAUGUAAUAAAAGAUCUGAGAAAAAUUGAAGUGCUUAUUCAGUCUAUCCACAUUGAUGCUACUUUAUACACUGAGAGUGAUUUUCAUCCCAGUUGCAAAGUAACAACGAUGAAGUGCUUUCUCCUGGAGCUACGAGUUAUUUUACAUGAGUCCAGUGAUGUAUACAUUAAUGAAACAGUAAGAAAUAUGAUCAUCCUAGCAAACAGCAGUCUGUCUUCUAAUGGGAAUAUAACAGAAUCUGGAUGCAAAGAAUGUGAGGAACUGGAAGAAAAAAACAUUACAGAAUUUAUUCAGAGUUUUGUGCGUAUUGUACAAAUGUUCAUCCACCCUUCUUGAUUGCAGUUGAUCCUCUUCCGUGUUUCUAUUAUCAACAAACAUCUUCCUGAUGUUUAAAGAAACAAAGCUCUGUCCGUUGUUUCCGACAUGCUGCCAAAACGUUUUUCUAGCCAGGAGCUGACUAGGCGCUCAGAUCGGAUGAACUCUCAGAAAUGAAGGGAGUAAAACGUCUUUUUUUAGACUCAUUUUGCUUAUUUUUAAUUUAUUAUUGAAAUUGUACAUAUUUUUAAUAUAACAGAAAAUGUUGAAUAAAAUUGCACAUGUGUUUUAUCAAUUGAAA